CCCUGACCUCGAAUGUCAAGACAAGCAGUGCGCCGUACUAUCAAAUCAUAUGGGAUGAUAACAGCAACAGCUUCGCAUUUCAUGUCUCAUUUGUAAGACAUACACUGAUGCUUAACAUAGAAACACAUAAAGAGCCUUCCUACACAUUUAGGGAUUCUCAACUUUAGCAAAGCUAUUCAAAGAAGUGAUUUGCUUACUGGACGAAAAUGUUAUGUCGACGAGCUGCUAUCUACCUAAAAGAAUAUCAGAGCCUAUCUUCCCGCUUUGCCAACACAUCAUGGACUGGUCACAGGGCAAAGAGUACAGCAAAGAUAAUUGAUGAAGAUGAUGUGCCACAAACUGGUGCUGCACUUUUGAGGAGUGAUCUCAACAGAGUCAAAAGGAUUGUGAUUAAAUUGGGUAGUGCUGUUAUUACAAGAGAAGAUGAGUGUGGUUUGUCUCUUGGCAGGUUUGGUUCCAUAGUUGAACAAGUUGCAGAGCUACAGAACCAAGGGAGGGAAAUGAUAAUUGUCACUAGUGGGGCUGUUGCCUUUGGUAAACAGAAAUUGCGUCAAGAAGCUGUUUUAUCAAUGAGCAUGAGACAGAAUCUAAGCAAUGUUGAAAGUGGGAUGCGACUGAGUGAAAGUAAUAAGGGAAAGCAAAGUGCUUGGAGUAAGAUUAGACCACCAUCUCUUGAGCCUAGGGCUUGUGCUGCAGCAGGACAGAGUGGCCUCAUGUCAUUGUAUGAUGCCAUGUUUCUUCAGUACGGUGUUAAAACAGCACAGAUUCUGUUGACAAAACCCGACUUUCAAGAUGAGCAUAGCCGAGAUAACUUGAGGGGUACUUUAAACGAACUUCUCAAACUGAAUAUCAUUCCUAUUGUCAAUGCUAAUGAUGCCGUAGCUCCACCACCAGAACCAGAUAUGGAUUUAGCUGGGGUGAUCAGUGUCAAAGACAACGAUAGCCUUGCAGCCCGUCUGGCAUCAGAAAUGAAAGCAGAACUUCUGAUCAUCAUGAGUGAUGUGAAUGGCCUGUACACUGCACCACCAGGAAUGCCAGACUCCAGACUUUUGCAUACAUACACUCCAGAGAUGGACCAGGUAGUCAUAGCUGGCAAGUCAAGAGUCGGCACUGGGGGUAUGGAUUCAAAGGUGAAGGCAGCAACAUAUGCCCUAGCAAGGAACUGCUCAGUGGUGAUAUGUAAUGGUUGUGAAGAGCACGCAAUCAUCAACAUUGUUAAAGGAAAGAAAGUUGGGACAUUUUUUACCAGGGCUCAAGCUAGGGGAACACCCACAGAACUGCAAGCCAGAUUAGCUCGUGAAGGAAGCAGAAGUUUGCAAGCCUUGUCUGGCAUGCAUCGUACUGCCAUUGUUAAUAAACUAGCCGAUCUCCUGCUGGAAAGGAAAUCUGAUAUUUUGGCGGCCAACCAACAAGAUGUUCAAGAGGCAUUUGCUUCAGGCAUGCAGCAGUCUGAAAUGGCGAGGUUGUAUCUCAGUGAACAAAAGCUGGAGACAUUAGCAGCAGGACUGAGGCAGAUUGGAGCCAACUCAAUCAAUGCUGUAGGAAAGGUUGUGCAGCGAACUCGUCUCACUGAUGGGUUAGAGCUAGAGAAGAUCGCUGUGCCGAUUGGUGUUUUAUUGGUCAUUUUUGAGUCUCGCCCAGAUGCAUUACCACAGGUUGCUGCCCUUUCAAUAUGUAGUGGAAACGGUCUUUUGCUGAAAGGGGGCAAGGAGGCCAAACACAGCAACAGAAUUCUGUUUUCUCUAGUACAAGAAGCUCUGGAACCUUUUGCACCAGUGGAUACAGUAGCUUUGGUGAGUAGAAGAGAGGAUAUAGCUGACCUCCUGCAGCUGAACCAGUAUAUUGAUUUGGUAAUACCCAGAGGAUCUCAGGAAUUAGUUACACGAAUCCAGCAAAUGACUCAGGGAAUUCCAGUACUUGGUCACAGCGAGGGAAUUUGUCAUGUGUACAUUGACCAGGAUGUGGACCCAGAAAUGGCAAUGCACAUUGUGAAAGAUUCAAAGUGUGAUUACCCUGCAGCAUGUAACAGCAUGGAGACUUUGCUGAUUCAUAAGUCACAUAGAGAAGGACCACUUUUUGAUAGAAUGUGUGAAAUGUUGAGGCUGCAAGGAGUGAAGAUCCAUGCAGGUCCAAAGCUAGGCCAGCUCCUCAAGUUUGGUCCAUCUGUUGCCGCAUCCAUGCGCACAGAGUACAGCUCAUUAGAGUGUGCCGUUGAAAUUGUAGAUGAUGUAGAUGAUGCAAUAAACCAUAUCAACACAUAUGGCAGCGCACAUACAGAUGCUAUUGUUACAAAUAAUGAGGAAAAUGCUCACCGCUUCUUUAAAAUGGUUGACAGUGCGUGUGUUUUUAAGAAUGCAAGUACAAGGUUUGCUGAUGGAUAUAGAUUUGGCCUAGGUGCCGAGGUAGGUGUGAGCACAUCUCGCAUUCAUGCACGUGGACCAGUGGGUCUGCAAGGUCUUCUCACCCACAAAUGGGUUUUGUCAGGCACUGGUCAGGCUGUAGGAGAUUUCACAUCAGGCAAGUUCAAAUAUACCCACCAGAACCUUCCAGUUACAGAGGAGCCUGCCAACUCAUGAUUUAUUACAAUAGUAGAAUACAUAAACAAUGAAUGAAUGACAUUAGGACCAGACUUGUAAUAAAAAUAGUAAAUAAAUGAGAUUAAUCAUGGUAAAUGAUACUUAGCACAGAGAUAAAAUUAAUUAAAGAAUUAAGUUAAAUUAUCGGCACAAGAUUUGAUAAAAUGUAAUCUUUCUAGAAUUCCUGAUUUUUUUUUCUUAUGGAAAACAAUAAUAUUAACUCAAUUUUCUGAGUAAUGAUUUUAGGGUAAUUCUAAUCAGUCAUAAUUAAUAGAAAAAAAAUUACUGUAUUUAGCAAAAUAAUAAUUCAUGUACAUAAAAAAGGUGAAGAGUAGAAAGUAAGUUUUAAAACCAUUCUUAACAAAUGAGUAUUAAUUUUAAAAAAACCAACAAAUUACUGCUCAGGUUUUCCUGAAUGAUUUUAUUUGGUAAGUAUUUGAUGUUAUUUAAAAAAAACUUAUUUUUUGUUGCUUGUGAAAUUAAUAAAGUAGCUGUCUCAGGAGCCUAGCCAUGGCCAUUCACAAUCUUUAAAAAGUUUCAGUGGGAAAUCUUAAGAAAAAUAUUAAGCUAAAUUUAUAUUUUCACAAGAUAAACUGCUAACUCUGACAGGUGAAAACAAUUACUAGCGUUAAAUGUUAAUUGUUGAUAAUUUGCUUUAUUUACCAUUUGAGUAUUUUUGUAUACAGUUGUUUCAUUUUACUGAAGGAAUUCUUCUUUGGAUUUUUUUUUUGUUUGUUUGAUGUCCAUUCAUAUUUAAAACUACACAACAGAAAAUGUUUUAUUGAACAGAAAACACUUGACCCAUUACAUUAUUUGAGCUAGUUUUGUAAAAAGAAAAUUGUAUAAAAAUUCCUUUUAUACUUUAAAGAAAUAAUUUAAUACCUUAGGUGUUCAGAAACCCAAGCUUUUUUAGUGGCAGGUCUGUUUUGUAAAAUUAUUUUAAAUGUCAGCAAUACUUAAAAUUUUGAAUUAAAACUAGCGUUGUUCUUCACAUUAUGUAAUUAAGGCUACAUUUGUCGCACAUUUUAUGGCUGAACUAGUGUAUAGAUGUUUGUAUGUACAGAGUAUUUUUGUUUACAAGUCACCCUGGUGGAAACAUUUCUAUUUCUUCACCAAUUCAAGAUGUUUGUUUCACUUUUUCAUAAACUCCAGGCAUUUGUUUCAGUUGGUUAUUAAUUCAAGAGUACUUAUAAUGUAUAAUAGAAUAAUCAACUGUCAUCCAUUGCUAACUUAUAGUGGGUUGUCUGUAAUAGUUCGCCAUCUUACCCUGGAAUGAAUAUAAAGACUUUCGUCACUUAAUUGUACCAUUAUGUUGACAUACAUUUAUCAUUUGUUUAUAUACAUGCAUGUUGACGCAAGUCAAAAGGUGCCUUGUUUGUCUUAGACAUUUGAACUCGACAAAUUACAUAAUAAAACACUGUGCUGUUUUAACUCUGCUGUGUUGAUUAAAUUUAUUUUGUUAAAACUUCGA